GUCUGUUUCUACGUGCCUGAGGUUGCAAGCAAGAGACGGUCUGAGUGAGUAACAUGUGACGUGAUAUCACCAUACUGGAGGCCAAUCGCCCCUCGGCCUGAUAACAACUUAUCCCCAACCAAAUCAAUUCAUCCCUCAUCUUCCUGUUUCUUCCUGUGCUAACGAUCUUUCCCUCCCUUCCCUUUUUCCCGCCCAGACGUACCUGGUGGCUACUAUUAGUAGUCUUGGCCUGCUGGCCUUCCAUCAUAAUUAAGGCCUUUCUUGGCUUUUCUCCAACAACAAGGCUUCUUUCAUGCUUUGAUCCCCCAUCCCCACCCCUGGCCACCCAGGCCUCUUAUAUCAAUAUUCCACAUAUUCACAAUCUUGGUGAUGCCACUGUUAAACUUCCAUGCCACCCAUGGGAUCUCGUAAGAGAGUAAAGCCCAGCCCGUCAGGCGCGGACUCGCGAUCCACCACAUCCUCAAAUGACAGUUCCACCGCUUCGAGUUCCCCAGCCAAACAACGUGCGCGUGCGCAGAAGAAAGGAGGCGGUGUGAGCUGGUACCCAUCAGUCUGGCCCGCCGUUUCGAGGGCUUCAAAAGCCGCCCCGGUUACCGAGGUUGCCCGUGAGAGCAUCUCGGCCGCCGCCCAGCACACGUCCCCCAAACUCACCUCUUCGUCGUCCUCCCAACUCAGUGUCCUCAGGCGGUCUCGCCAUCCCUCGCUCCAGCUGACUCGGAAGGAUACCGCAUCUAGCCGCUCCCUUCCCGCCAGUGCUACGACAACCAUCGUCAAUAUCGCUUCUGAUGGUACCGCGUCGACUCCCGCAGACGACGCCCGAUCAGAUCGUACUGCGGUGGCCGCGAAACCGACCGGGGAGGUAGCACGGAGCGAUAGGGGCGCAGCCGUGGCGGACGUGACGAGCAAGGGACAGACGAAUACGGCCACUGCGACAGCAGCCGCGGACGAGAGUGCCACCGGUGCGGUCUCGGGUGCCCCGUCGGACUCCCAAACAGCUGGCUGGCUUUCAUGGUUCUACGGACAGCCGGCGGCCGAUCAAUCCGUUCAAAAAGAUCAAAUGGCAAAGACGGCAGAGGAGCCAUCCUCGGAACCCCAAGACAAAAAGGAAGAAGAAAGGACGAUAGAAGACCGAACACGAACAGAACCAGCACCAGCACCAGCACCAGAGCCAGAGCCAGAACCUAGCCAGAACCAGCAUCAGCCCACCGAAAUAAGCGAGGUCUCUGGAACAGCCCAAAAGCGAUCCUGGCUUCAGAUGUGGUAUGGCUCAUCGGCCUCCAAGGAAUCGGAAAAUACUCCCAGCGAGCCGUCUAAUGGAACUAAUACACCUACUCCAUCUUUAACACAUGCAGCACCCGCACCGAGCCAAGAAAAUGACACGCAAGGGGAAGUACACAGCCCAGUCAAACCGCCAGAUACCAAUGCAAAAGCUUCCGGGUGGAGUUUCUGGUUCAAGGAUGCUUCGAAGGAUGCCGAACCCGGAAAGCCACAAGAUGCUCAGCUAGCCGAAGCGUCAAUGACCCAAGAGCCUUCGAAAAAGCCUGCAGUAGAACCUGAGCCUGAACCUGAGCCUGAGCCUAGGGUGGAAGUUGUCAAGAAAGGAAGCGUCAAAUCGAAGGCUUCAAAGAGCACUCCUAACCUUCUAGAUAAAGCCACUGCACGAGCCGAAGCGGAUGUCAGUGCUUCGACUCAAGGUCCGACUGAGACAGUAGCAGCAAAACAAUUACAGAAGAUCCUGCCGAACCAGCUGCUUCCGCGGUUCGAGGACACAUUCGCCUUGGAAGAGAAGCCAGGCAUAUUUCAGACGAUAGGGCGGUACCUGCACUACAACAAACAACCUGAGAACAAGCAUGUAUAUAUGGUUCGAGAUCCACCUCAUAUCAAGAGGGCAUUGGCCAUCGGUGUGCACGGAUAUUUUCCCGCUCCUCUGAUUCGAAGUGUUCUCGGACAGCCAACAGGCACAUCGAUCAGAUUCUCAACCAUGGCCGCGGAAGCUAUACAGAAGUGGGCAGAGGACUUUGGCAUCAAAUGCGACGUUGAGAAGAUUGCCUUGGAAGGCGAAGGCCGGAUAGCCGAACGCGUGGAGUUGCUGUGGAAGCUGCUACUGAACUGGAUGGAGGAGAUCAGGAAGGCGGACUUUAUCUUGAUUGCCUGUCACAGUCAGGGCGUUCCGGUGGCAAUCAUGUUAGUUGCCAAGCUGAUAUUCUUCGGCUGCAUCAACGCAUCGCGGGUCGGCAUCUGCGCCAUGGCGGGCGUCAACCUGGGCCCCUUCACGGACUACAGAUCUCGCUGGAUCAGUGGCUCAGCCGGCGAGCUUUUCGAGUUUGCGUUGCCGUACAGCCAGGUGUCGAGGGAUUACGAAGCGGCCUUACGCACAUGCUUAGAUUUCGGCGUCCGAAUAUCUUACAUUGGAAGUAUCGACGAUCAGCUAGUUUCGUUAGAGUCCUCGCUAUUCACCCCGGUGACCCAUCCGUACAUCUACCGUGCAGCCUUCGUCGACGGCCGAGUGCACGCUCCCAGCUUUUUAUCCCACCUCGUCGGCUUCGUCCUCAAACUCCGCAACCUCGGGAUCGCCGACCACGGACUCAUCCGCGAACUAAGCUCCCCACUAGCAGGCAGCCUCUACACUGGCGAAGGCCACUCACGGCUCUACGACGACCCAGCAGUCUACCGCCUCGCCAUCGAAUUCGCCCUGCAAACCACCUCCCUCCCAACAACAACCCUACACAUCAAACGCACCCAACCCGCCACCCCAGCAAACCCUUACAUCCUCCCCUUCGCGAUGCGCGGCCUCCUGGAAGAGGAAUACGUCCGCCGCGAGCUCCUCACCGAGACGACCGAACUCCUCCGCCAAUUCGACGACUGGAAACCCACCAGUAAGGUGCUCAAGGAUGUGAAGUUCCGGUUAGAGGGGAUUCGGUCCAAGUUGUAAUUCUUCUUUCAUUCUCGAACUAGCUGUCAUCCAUCCAUCCAUGAACAUCCAUGAACAUAGAAGAAGAGAGUUUCAUACCAUCGAAUUUUGCUCCGUGGUGUUUUUUGCUUGUGGUUUGGUUUGGUUUGGUCUGAUUUGGUCUCUUGCUUGAGCUGCUGGUUUGGGUAGCUUGUAUUUAGCGGGUGGCUUUUCGCUUUACUAGAAUUCUUGAGCUUCUGAAGGGCUGGCUUGUGAAGGAAUGUAUGUGCC